CCUUGGGGAGCAAGCCACAACAACAAGCCCGACCGAACAGGGACGCCGGAGACAGCAGACAAGAUAAGGCCGGAUGACCCAUCCGGAAUCCCGGCCAUUCAGGUUUCGGGGCGGGUCGGGGUGUAUCUCAAUGCCUCAGAGUAUGAGUUGAUUUCCUUUGACUGGCUCUCGAAAAAGGCCCGGACGGUGCCUCUACCUACUUCAUCGCAGUCUCUCCAGCCUCCCGGACGCGAUCCGAAUGGGGUGAGUACGUGUCAAUUGGGUCCAAGUGGAAGUUGGUCACAGACAGGCUUUGUCCCCUACAAUUCACAUGCGCAUAGUUGGCGUGAAUCGCUUCUGCAGUUCAUUCGACAUGGGCGACCAAUGCCAAUAUGUGCCCUACCAGGAUCACUCGCGCAUCUACCGCACUUGCGUGUACACCUGCUUCACGCCCAACUGCAAUCGAGCAGGUCUCGUCGGUCGCCGCUUCGCGUCGACUUGGCCCUUUGCUGUGCUCGUCGCCGGGUUGCUCGUCUGGCUCUAGUCCUCCUCCUCAACCAGAACGGCCGCCGUCCUCUUCUGCUCGACCCCUCCAACUGUUCAUGCUCCACCGCCGCCCGUCCGCCAUACCCUCUGCUGGAGACACUUGCCCACACGCCGCCACAAUUCUUUGCCCCAUCUUGCCUCCGAUUCACCGACCAUCUCUCCCAUUCACUUGUUUCAGGCGAGUUCAAUCCACAUAGCCUCUAA